AUGAUGAAUCGAGAAAAAUUAAUUAAACUCUUAGAAAAAGAGAAUAAAAAUCGCAUGAAUAUAAAGAAUGUGAAAUUUCGUGAUUGUCAUUGUAUGUUUAAUAAUUACUCCCAGUGUUAUGUUAAUGUAAAAAAUAAAUAUGAGAAUAAAGAUUUUUGGAAAUAUGAAAACAUUUAUGGAAAUGAUAAUAUAAUAAAAAGAAGUGUACAAGAAGAAGAAGAAAAAAAAAAAUGGAUAGAAGAUAAUUAUAAUAAAGAAAGUAGUCUUGAAUUUACUUAUCCUUAUAGAUAUGAAAGUAAUCGAAAUAUAUUUUUAAUAAUUAAUAGUGAAAAUAUAAAUUUAGGAAAUUCCUGUGUAUAUAAUAAUGAUUUGAUAUAUAUUAUACAUAAUAAUAAAAGGUAUGAACACAUGAACUUACCCAAGAGGACGAAAAAGAAAAAAAAGAAGAAAAAAAGAAAAACAAAAGAAACAAAAAGAAAAAAAAGGACUUUACAUAAUAUGAAAAAUGACACAUUUGGUUCUGUUACUAGUAUGAACGAUGAAAAGGAUUAUAUGAAAUAUAAUCAAGAUUAUCAUGAUAAAGACGAUGAUGAUUAUGAAGAUGAUGAUGAUUACGAAGAUGAUGAUGAUUAUGAAGAUGAUGAUUAUGAUGAUGAUGACGAUUAUGACGAUGAUGAAGAUUAUGACGAUGACGAGGAUAAUUAUAACAAUAGUUAUGAUAAUAGUUAUGAUAAUGGUUAUGAUAACCAAUAUAACACAAAACAUAAUAAAAAAAAAAUCAAUCCCAUGUAUAAUAGUACCAUAUUCGAAACUAGCAAUAUGAAUUUUUGUGUGAAAAAUGAAAAGAGAAAAAAAAAAGAAAAACAAAAAAACUCAAUUGAUAAAAGAAAUAUUAUAUAUUCUGAUGACGAUUCAGAUAAUAAUUAUGAACAUAUUUUUACCCAUAUAAAUUCAGAUUUGUUUUUUCUUAGUAUUUCCAAUGAUCAUAUAGAAAAAGAAAAUAAUUUAUAUAUACAGAAUGAACAAUUUAUAAAUUAUGAUGAUGUUAUUUUUAGAAAAUUCAAAUUUCAUAAAAACUUAUUUGUAAAUAUGGAUUCAUGUAACUCUUGGAUCAUAAUAAAAAAAAGUAUCCUUAUUAAUGAAUACAUAACACGGUCACAAAAAAAUGAUUUAGUAGAUAUAAAUGAUGUCUUAUAUGAUGUAGUCAAUAUGUAUCAUCGUAUAUAUAAUUGUUAUACGAGGCUUUAUAUUAAUGAUGAUUUUUUGUUAAUAAAUAAUAAGACAAAAGAAAUAUUAGGUGUUCAAAAUGUUGCCUCACAUAUAAAUGACACAACAAGUAAUAAUAUGAACAAUAUGAACAAUAUGAACAAUAUGAACAAUAUGAACAAUAUGAACAAUAUGAACAAUAUAGACAAUAUAGACAAUGUGAAUAAUAUAAAUAAUUAUAACAUGCGUGAACAUUUAAAAAGGAUAGAAAAAAAAAAUAAAAUAAAUAAUUAUAAUAAUAAUAAUAAUGAUGAUGAUGAGCUAGGUACAACCGAUACUGGUGAUGAUAUGUUAUCCAAUAAUUAUGAAUACAAUGAAGAAUCCAAAUAUUAUAAAUUAGUUUUAAUAAAAAAAAUGACUUUGAAACAUCUUUUUAAUAAUCAAACUGAUAUUAAUAUUUUAUUUAGUUUUCAUAAUGCAUGUUUAAGUAAUUAUAAUAAAUUAGAUGAAAAUUAUUCUUAUUUAUUAAUUAAUAAUUAUAAUUUAAAUAAUAAAAGUGAUCAUCUCAUAAACAUAUCAAGGAAAAAAAAUUACACAUUAGAUCAUACGAAUAAUACAUAUAAUAAUUCUAAUACAAAUAUAAUCACAAAAAAUUACAGCAAUAAUAAUAAUAAUAAUGAUAAUAAUAUAUUAAGUAAUGAACUAUAUUCGUAUUUUAAUAACUAUUUAACCAAAAAAAUUGUUGAAAAUUAUUCAACAUACAGUUUAUAUAUUAAAGAAUGCUUAUUAAUUAUUGAUAUAUUAUAUAUCCUAAAUAAUACUUAUGGAAAUUUAAUAUAUAUUAAAGAAUAUUAUAAAUAUGAUCAUGAAAAUUAUUAUACAAAUGUAAUAUCUAACAUUGUUCAAAAAAAAAAAAAUGAAAAAAGAAAAAAAAAAAACUAUAAAAAUAUUUAUGAUAAUUCAAAAGAAAAUAAUAGAAAACAAAGUAACUCUAUUUAUUCUAUAUCCUCAUUUAGCCAAAAAAAUUAUAAAAAUAAUAAUAUGAUUAAUAUGAAAAACUUACAUGGAGAAGAAAUACCAGACGAUUCUAUGUCUUCAUCAAAUAUAUCUUCAUCGAAUAUGUCAUCGUCAAAUAAAUCAUCUCAUAAUUCUGCAACAUCAUAUGACAUACCUAAAAUGAGAAACAGAAACAAAAAUAAUUUAAAUUAUAUAAACAGAAAACAACUCAACAAUGAUCUUAUAUACUUUUUUCCAAAAUAUAAAUUAAUUAUUCAUCCAACAUUAUUAAAUGUGAACGAACAAAAUAAUAGCAAUAUUGAAAUUGCUAGAGAAAUAUUAUAUUUAGGUAUAUAUAUAAGAAAAAUACAAAAAUUUAUUGAAAUUAAUAAAAGAAGCCAAUCAUGUAAUUUCACGUUUGAUAUAUUUUGUUGUUGUUUAUCUAAUAUUAGUGCACAUAUAUUAAAUCAUAUAAAUCGAAUAGAAGAAAAUGUUCGAAAUAUAUAUAAUUUUACAAAAAUUAAUAUGAAGCAUAAUAAUACAAAUAAUUAUAAUAAUAAUAAUAAUAAUAAUAAUAGUAGUAAUAGUAAUCACAAUAACAAUAACAAUAAUUUUAUCCAUAAUGAUGAUCUAUCUUUGUGCCUUUUUGAUGAAUAUAAAUUAUCUACUUGUUCUGACCCUGAAGAAAAGAAAAUUUUUUUUAGUAUUAAUAAUUUGUUUCAUAAAAAUAUUCAAGACUUUAAUUUAUUCUUUAAUAUAAAUAUAGAAAAGGCAGAAGACAUUUCCUUAUAUAAAAUAAAAAUAAGUGUAUUACCAUUAAUUCAAAUAGGCAAAUUAUUAAAUAAAAUUAUUAAUAAAAUUAUUAAAAAAAAGAAAAUUAAUAAUUCCAAAUAUCUAAUUGAUUUAAUAUAUAAUUUACAAGAAUAUUUAAAUCCUGAUGAUAUAAAUAAAAAAGUGCUCUUAUAUUUAUUAAAAAAUAUUACUACUCCGCUAUUCGAUUUUAUAAAAAAUUAUAUAUUUUAUGGAAAGGUUAAAGAUACAUAUAAAGAAUUCUUUAUACAUGAGAAUAAACACAUUACACCGUAUUAUAAACAAAAUCAUAAACCAUAUUUUAAUAAUAUGUAUAAAUAUAUAUUCAAAAAAUAUAUUGACUUGUCUACCAAUUAUUGGGGAGCUAAAUAUAUUAUAUUAAAUGAUAAGGUACCCAAAUUUUUAAAAAAGUUAUCAAAUCAUAUUUUUAUAACAGGGAAAUAUAUUGAUGUAUUAUCAGCAUGUUCUAAAAUUUUAAAUAUACAAAGAAAAACAUCAUUUUAUUUAAUAGAACAAAAUGGAUAUAAAAAUAUAAAUGAAAACAUUGAUAUAAAUAUGGAUAUCAAUCAAAAUAAUAGGAAUGGUUUUUUAUUUCCUAAAGAUGUAAUUUAUAAACGUAUAUAUAAUGAAAAUAUAAAUAAUGAGCAAUAUACAAAUGAUGAUAAUAUUAUCAAUCCAUAUUUUUAUAAUAAUUUUUAUAAAUCAGAAAGAGAAACACAACAUGUAAUGAAUAGACAAAUCAUAAAUGGGAAGGUAAAAUAUAAUUAUAUGAGUUUACCAUAUGAAGAUGAAUAUUAUGAACAUAAUAAAAAUGAUGAAAAAAAUAAAUCUUGUUUUUUAAUAUAUGAUAAUGAUAAAAAGGUUUAUGAAAAUCUAAUACAUAAUCAACAUUUAUAUGCAUCAAAAAAGAUGUUUGAACUAUAUAUAAAAAAAAUAGACAUAAAAGAAAAAAUUAAGCAUCAUUAUUUUUUUUUCUUUUUACAAAUAAGUGAUUAUCUAAAAUAUUUCUAUAUAUUAUCUCAUGAGUAUUUAGAAAAAUUAUAUCAUUACAAAAAAAAUAAUAUAUUGAAUAAAUUAAAAAAUUUUUUUGAUAUUUCUAUUAGAUCAUCUGUAUUAUAUCAUUUAAAAUAUAAGAAAGAUUAUAAUGUUGCUAUUUCGGAUAUUUUUAGUAUUAUGGAUAAUGUAAAUUUAAUCAUUGAUCUAAGGAAGUUUCAAAUAUCAAAUGAGCAACAGGGACUAAAUAAAGAAAGUGUAAAUAAUUAUGAAGAAGUUCAUGAUAGUGAUGAUAAUGAUUAUAACAAUAAUGGUAAUGAAUAUAAUAAUUAUGAAGAAGGGUACAACGAUGAUGAAGAAGAAAGAAAUAAUUAUCUCAAUAAAAAUGACUAUGACGAAGAAGAAAAUGAUGAUGAUGAGGAUGAUGAUGAGGAUGAUGAAGAUGAUAAUGAUGAAUAUAAAGAAUAUGAAAACGACAAUGGUAAUGAUAAUUAUGAUGAGGCCGACUCUGAUCAUAAUAAUUAUAAUAAUACUAAUGAGAAUUUUCAUGAUGAUCAAGUUCAUAAUAAUUCUUUUAAUAUAAAAAAUAAUCCAUUACAUAUGAACAAUGCAAAUAAUCAAAAAAAACAGCAUUAUAGUGAAGAAUAUUAUAAAACUAAAAAUGAAAGGAUUAUCAAGAAAAAUGCAGAAUUAAAAAACAAAGGUGCCAUAAAAAAAAAAAAAAAAAUUACAAAGAAAAAAAAAAAUGUAUCUAAAUUGAAUGAACUACGAAGAAAUAAAACUAAAACUAAUACAAACAAUACAAACAGUAUGAAUAAUACAAACAAUAUGAAGAGAACAAAUAACAAUGUAGAUGAUAUGUCUGGUAACCCCUUAAAGAAUAUUAAAAAUAAUUUCAUCUUAAAAAAUAUACAUAAUAAUAACGUACCAUUAAAUAUGAACGUGGAAAUAUAUAAAGGAUUAAUUUUAUCCUAUAAAAAUAUGUUUCCAUAUAAUUUAAUAUUUAAUAAUAUAACAAUAUUUAAAUAUACCUUAAUUUUUAGAGUAUUAAAUUAUUGUAAAUAUAUAGAACAUAAAUUAACAGAAGUGUGGUUAAAUCAUAUGUUUGUAAAAAAUAUAAAUCUUAAUGAAGAAUGUACAAAUAAUUUAAUGAUAUGUAUACAUACAAGAGAAUGUAUGAUUCAUUUUUUAAAAUGUUAUUUAUAUCACAUUCAAAAUGAUGUUAUCAAAUCAGAAUAUAACAACAUGAAUAAUAAAUUAAAAGAAACAUUAAUAUUUGAUGAUAUAAUACAUAUACAUAACACAUAUUUAAAUAAUAUAUUAAAAUAUUCAUUUAUAAUGGAUAAUAAUAUUAUUACAUGUAUACUAAAAUUAAUAUCUAUAUCACAUAUAUUUACUAGACAUAUAUUAAAAUUUAAUUUUGAUAAAAAUGAACAAAUAGAAAAUAUAACAAACCAUGAUAAUGUUAAGUCAAAUGUACUUAAUCCGAAUACAACUCAUAUUAAUAACCAUGCACAUAAUCAGCAUCAUCAUAAUAAUAAAUAUAACAAUAAAAAUAAUUAUCAUAAAAAAAUUAUACAAGAAUUAUUAAGAGACAAAGCAUAUAUUUCUAUGAUUCAAAAUACAAUUAAACAUUAUGAUAAGCAUUUUAAAAAUUUCUUUCUUCUAUUAACAGAAUAUGUAAAUAAUAAUAUUGAUGAAUAUGCUCAUAAUUUUCUUAUAAAAUUAGAUUAUAAUUUUUAUUAUACUAAUAAAUAUAAAUUAUCAUAUCAAAAUCCUACUUCUUUUAAUAAUGAUAUAAACUCAGAAUAUAUAAAUGAUAAUUGUAAUGAUAAUUGUAAUGAUAAUUUAGACGAUUCUAAUGAUACUAGACAAGCAACAAAAGAAAAUGUAAAUGGAACAAGUUAUAAUAACAAUGUCUCAAAGUAUAAUCACAUGCAAACAAGCAAUAAUCCUAUAGAAUCGAAUAGUGUACAAAUAAAAAGAAAAAAAAAUUUAUUACUUAUGAAUGACACAAAUUAUAAUAAUAUUGAUCUAAAUAAUCAUAGUAAUAUAAAUGAUAUGAAUAAUAUGAAUUUAAUGAAUAAGGGUAAUAAUAUGAAUUUAAUGAAUAAGGGUGAAAAUUAUAAUUUAUAUAGGGAAAACAUUACUUCUGAGAUAAACAAUCACAGCCCAAAUGAAUACAGGAAUAAUAUAAUUAGUAAUCACAAUAAUAAUAGUAAUAAUAAUAGUAAUUAUCAUCAAAUAAAUUAUAGUUUACAUAGAUUCAGCAAUAACAAUAAUAACAAUAUUAAGGUACAAUCCGAAUUACACAAUUUAAAUGACAAAUCCAAUUUUAAUAAAAAAGAUAAUUAUAAUAUUAAUGAUACAAACAACAAUAAUUAUCAUUAUACUAAUAAUACAUCGCCAAAAAGUUCAAAUGAAAAAAAUAAAAUAUAUAAUAACCAUCCCAUUAAUUAUAUCAGAAAUGAUUAUAAUAAAAAUAUAUUAAAUAAUAAUAAAGAUACCAUUUUAAGUGAAAAUCCUUAUCUAAAAGAAAAGAAUCAUAUACCAUUUCAAAAUAAAAAUCAUGAUACACCUUCUCCUUUACACAUAAAUAAUUUUAAUCAAGAUGAAAACAAUAAUAUAUCUCCUUUAAAUUAUUCAAAAUUAAAAAAAUUUAAUACAUCAUAUAAUAACAAUGAAAAUAUAAAAAAUAUUAAUUUAAGUAAUAUUGAUCUUGACAGUAUAGAUAACAGUAGAUACAGUAGUAAAUAUAAUCCAUAA